AUGGAGAAAACGUUGGUGGAUGCAGAUUUCAAACAGCCGGUGGAGGCUGAAAGCACCAUGAAAUCGACGGUCGAAUCAAAUCACAAACAAAUAGAAGCUAUAAGUAACCCAGAAAAUAUUCAAAAGAAACUCAAGUAUCUAGAUUUCAUUCAAGUGGUGUCAAUCUAUGUGGUUGUGUGUGUUUCAAGCAUCUAUGAGUACGCUAAGGAAAACUCCGGUCCACUUAAACCGGGGGUUCAAACCGUCGAAGAAACUGUUAAGACUGUCAUCGGUCCCGUUUACGAUAAAUUUCGCGAUGUACCGUUUGAACUCCUCAAAUUUGUUGAUUGCAAGGUAGACAAGUCACUGAGUCAACUGGAGCGUCACGUUCCAUCUAUGGUGAAGCAAUCUUCAAGCCAGGCUCGAACUGUGGCGUCAGAGGUCCAACGAGUCGGGGUCGUAGACGUGGCUAAGUCAAUCACAAGAGACAUUUACACCAAGUAUAAACUGACAGCUAAAGCGAUGUAUGACAAGUACGAGCGGGUGGCUGAACAGUACGCUGUUUUCGCUUGGCGAUCUCUUAAUCGUCUCCCGUUUUUCCCUCAAGUGGCACAGGUAGUGCUCCCUACGACUGCUUACUGGUCGGAGAAGUACAAUCAGGUUGUUCAACAUUUCGGGGAGAAUGGUUACGUGGUGGCAGCGUACCUCCCAUUGAUUCCGAUAAAUAGAAUUGCAAAGGUUUUCAUAGACGACGGGAGAGCGCCGGUCGUUUCGAGUAACGGUGAAUCAGUUCUAAGGCAAUAA